AUGCCGAGCAAGGCCCCAAAAUACGUUUAUCAUGGUCAUAGCAAGAUCAUCUCGGGUGUUAUCGCGGUACUUGAAAAUACUAGUGAGCCAUUAUCUUUGCAAGAGCUGGUCGACGAAAUGACCAGACGACAACUAGUUGUUUUUCAUGGUGCUACCCCACGAAAUACAGUUAGUGGUGAAAUAAGCAAGCUACUUAACGCUGUAGGUCCUAACAAUGCGCCUAUUUUAAAGGUUAACCAAGGCAAACUCACUAAAUUCUUUUUGAGACCGCGUCUCCAGCAGCAGCAUCAGCAUGAUAUGAUAAAACGACGACAAAUGGAAGAUCUAAAGGCUGCAUAUCUUCUUUCAUGUUUAUCGGCACACUCAUUUUGGUUAACUUACAAAAAUGAACCCGAGAAAGAUUUCAAAUGUUUUCUUGAGGUCCAUCUUGGCAUAGAUAAUGCACUCGAACAUUCCUUAAAUGCAGCAUCUAGAUCCAUUACUGUCGUUGCGGGAAAUUCAAGUACACACAAUGGAAAAGAGGAGCCUACCAUUGGAAAUGGCAACGAUUAA